GGCCAGUCGGCCGACGCGCGAUCCGGCCGCCCGUCCACCACGGCCGCCCUGGGCGUUCUCCAUAUCAGCAGGCUGGCGCCAGAGCACCCCGUGGCGCCAUGCCUCCGCGGCGGCCCCUCCGCGCCCGCCGCUGCCGGGCCCCGACAGCGGCGGCGGCGCUGCUUCUGGCUGGCGCGGCGCGUCGCGCUAGGGCGUUGAGCGCGGUCUACCCAGAGCCGCCUCCCGAGAAGGGCGGCGAGGGCACCGAGCGGCGCGCCGAGCUCUUGCGGUUUGUUACGGCGUACCGGGCGGGCCUGGAGGCCGUGGUCGACAUCACGCCCUACUCCCCGCUCCUGCAGGUCGCCGCGGAUGCCGAUGGGGGCGCCGACUUCUACGCCUUCAUAGACACGUGGGUCGGAAACAAAUCGGAGCGGCCGGCCGUGUACCUGAACAAUGUCACUCGCAAGCGCCCCGAGGCCCGCUUGAACCGAGUGGUGGUGGACGGCGGCGCCGCUUUCCUGCUCGACCAGGCCGCGGAGCUGGGCGUCGGGACUCCCGCAGCGGGCUCCGGGCUGCUGCCGGUGUACAGGUGCCCCGCGGGAGACAAGGAGCUGGGCGCUGCGAAGUUGCUCGGCCUCGCCGCUCGGGAGGCGAAGCGGCUCGGCAACACGUCGAGCACAGAAGCCGAUGCGUUCAGGCUUGAGCUCUUGACAGCACUGGUCUCGGAUGACCUGGUCGAGCUGAACGUCAGCGGCACGACGGUCGAGAACCGGUCGGUCCGAUGCGUCCUCGGCCCAAAUUCGAGCACGUUCUCGGGGAGCGCGGCAUGCCAGUGUUCUACAAUCCGGCCGACGUCCUCGUCGACACCGAGUACAGCUCGGGAAGGUGGCUGAACAUGACGCCGCCGUUCGAGGCGGUUGGCGAGAUCGUGGAGGUGGACGGCGGAAGCGUCACCCUCAGGAUGAACGACAGCUGCCUGCCACUCAACGCCAGCGUUCCGAGGCUACUGGCGCCCCGCAACCGCACCAUCCUCCCGCGCGCCAAGGCUCUCUUGGACGCGGCGCUGAGCCUCGGCCAG